AUGGCGACUCAGAAACUUUCUGAAUACGAACUGAAGCGACUCGAAAACAUUCGUCGCAACACCGAAAUGAUUUCCGCUCUCAAAAUAUAUUCCAAAGCGUCACAACUCUUCAAGCCUCCAAGCGCUGUGACCAAAUUGAAAUCAGAGAAGAAACCGAAAACCGAAACCCCUAAUGCUACCAGAUUCUCCCUCCGAACCAGAGGUGUUGCAACCGAUCCCUCAAAUUCUCUCUUUUAUAGUAACACUAAAUCCAGCAAUCCUAACAUUUUGGAUCAUCUUCCAAUGAAGGAAGCUUACAAAGGCACACACUCGGAUUGCUCUUUCAUUGAAACCCUAAAACAACAAUCCAAUGGUACUGCAAAAAUGAACAAAACUGAGUGUUCUUUUGAGUUGGAAUCCAUGUCUUUGGAUCCUGAAAAUAUAUCAAAUGUUGUUCCUGGAAGGCUAACUCAAACGCGGUUCUUCCCUUCCAAUGAUUUCAAGAUGAUUGUAGCGGGUGACAAUUCCGGGAAUAUUGGGUUCUGGAAUGUUGGACAAAGUGAGGUUUUUUUGUAUCGUCCGCAUCAAACUAUUAUUUCGGGGAUUGUGGUUCAAUCACAUUGCUUGUCAAAGAUAUACACAAGUUGUAAUGAUGGAUUUGCUAGGAUGAUGGAUGUUGAGAAGGAAAUUUUCGAUAUCGUAUAUAAAAGUAGUGAUAAAGCACGUAUAUCUGCUCUCUCGCAACCAAAGAAUGAGGCAAACUGUUUAUAUUUAGCUGAAGGUUCUGGAGUUUUGACUGUUUGGGAUAAGAGGAUAGGAACAUGUUCCUCUUUGUCCGGCUUAGCUUUGCAUCGAAUGAGGAUUAAUACAAUAGAUUUCAACCCUGAAAACCCUCACAUUGCAGUUACUAGUUCAUCUGAUGGAAAUGCAUGUACCUGGGAUUUUAGACGUAUUGGUGGUAUGGGUAAGGGCGGUAACUUCCCAGCUUUAAGGAGAUUUAGCCAUGAAAGGGCCUUGCAAUCUGCCUACUUCUCUCCUUCUGGAUGUAGCCUUGCGAUCACAAGCAAGAACAACACGAUUGUCAUAUACAGUGGAGUUAACUUGAAAGACGCAGCUUUUGUUAAUGAUGUAAGAAGCCAGAAGCUUUCUACUUUCAGGGCAAUAUGGGGUUGGGACGACUCGUACCUCUUCACUGGGAGUACAAAAAGAGGAAUUGGCGUUGUCUCGACAGCUCAGAAGGCAACUGUGAUGACUCUAGAGAGCCCACUCGUAUCUGCAGUUCCACAUAAAUUUGAUGCACACUCUUACGAAGUUGGGAUGCUAGCAGCCGGUACGAGCGGAAGCCAGGUCUGUGUUUGGACAUCGUGCUAG